AUGGCUGAAGUGGUCGGCGUCAUUGCCAGUGGUGCUGCAAUCGUCAGCCUUGCCCGCGAGAUCUUCGAAAGUGUGUACAAAUUGCAACGUCUCUUGACCGCCAUCCAAGAUGCUCCACAUGAACUGAAAACCAUUUUGGAGGAAAUCGCUAUUGUGACAGAUAUCCUCGUCCAGUGUUCAGAGUCUCCACACACUCUCCCGACCGACCCCAAGCAGCACGUGGCGAGAGACCCAGCUCUCCUCCAUUGUGAAACAGCGUGUAAGCACUUACACGCCAUCAUAUCUGAAAUAGAAGAGGGGACGAGGGGUUCGAAAUGGCGCUCUAGGUGGUCUAGCGUCGUAGCGGUACUGAAAGAGAAAAAGAUCGCAAACCUUAUGGCAAGGCUGGAAAGAGCAAAGUCAACUCUUGCGCUUGCGCAAGUCCUACGUCUCCAGACUCUUGAACAAGAGAAGCGCGGCCCGAAGGAAGGACCCUGCUUGACUCCUACCGUACAAACACCUCAGCUUGUCAGCAGUAGCAUCGGCAUACGUCAAAAUGGAAACAAGGAUGUUCAUAAACCUUAUAGCGAGACACAUUUUCACCUGGGUAUUGGGGUCCUCGUGGUACGGCAGUCGAAGACCACCAGAGCAGUACCUCUUUCUUCUCUGGAAGGAACCACUGAAACCAUGGUCCAGUUUCGCUUUUCAGAUUGGUUCCUAAGGUGGGGAUUCAAGAUUGCCGUCGGUCGAGAGUUUGGGGCUUUCAAAACCACGAUAAUACCCCAGCGCCUUGUACCCGAGGACUCGGCCAUAUUCCAAGCCUGUGCCCUCGGUGAUGAUGAGGCUGUAGCAAGACUCAUCCGAGAAGGCAAAGCCUCUCCCUUUGAUACCACCAGCAGUGGCGUUACUCCCCUCCUGGUGGCAGCUGCUUGGCUUCAUCCGAGUAUCAGCAAGCAGCUUUUGGAGUAUGGCGCGGAUGAUUCCGCGUCAAUCCAAUACUAUGAUUUUUCUUUCAAUCCUCUAGUUAUGGCCGUUGAGCGCGCUGGCCACUUCCGCUAUUUCCUGUUCCCAGGACUGGAAGAUUAUCGCCUCGAACCUGAAAGAUGCCUUGUCCGGAUGCGCGAGACAAUGCGCGUACUCACUGAACACGGUAGUGUCGACGUCCAUCAAUAUUACAACCCUGACGAAGAUGGCUAUUCUGCCCUGCACCAUUUUCGAGGCUCUUCCGAGGACUUCUCGUGGCUGAUCAAACGUGACGAUACGUUUAUGACUGCCAGAGACUGGGACCACCACCUUGCAUCCAUUGUCUUACAGCAGACUCAAAUGUUUCCGAAUGACUCUUUUCCGGCAGCCUUCAGCAAAGUAUCAGACAUGAAAUUUCUGGCAGGAUACAAAGACUCUUCUGGUUCAAGUCUAUUACAUUAUCUACUCGACACAAACUUCGGAACAAAGCCUGGCUUUUGGCAUAAUGGCCUCGAUAUUUUCACGUUCGUCAGGCCACUCCUUGAACAUGGCGCUGACCCGGGGGCGCGCAAUGACCGAGGUUACACUCCGUUGAUGAAUUUUGCUCGAACUAUUCGGCGGCAUUGGUGUAUGCUCCUGUUGCCCGAUAUUCAAGUUGUGACCGAGGUUUGCUCUGAGUUUUUUGCACGAUGGGUUGAGGUUCUCAAAUCUUGUGAUAUCGAUCUUCAUCAUUAUCGUUCCCGAGAAGUUGAAUCUGGGGCAGAGAGAUUCGCGAGUUGUCUGGAUAUUCACCAGUUCCAGGAACCCAGCUACGCUUUCAGUGGGGCUAAGCAUUGGUUCGUAAGGCUUGUUUUUGAACAGGUUGAUCCGCAUCAAGAGCUUCAGAUCAAAUUGGAGUUAAAAUCCAAAGAUAAGGACAAGAUAAUGCCCGGAACUUGGCCUGGUGAAUUUCUGGAUACUAUUUAG